UCAAAUCACAGCACAAACACAGACUCGCUGGUUCACUUUCAAGACUGACACUCAUGCGUACACACAGGCACGCACCUCUCCUCCAGGUUCAAGGAGAUAGAAGUCCAUAUUUGACGGAGCCGAGCAGAGAAAGAAAGAAAGAGAGGGGGAAAGUAGAGUUGUUCUCUCCCAGUGACUACUGUCUCUUAUAGAUUACUGGGAACGUGGAACUUGGACUUGAAGGCUCGAAGAGGAGGGUUUUUUCCCCAGUCACCGGUGGAUACUAACCUUACAGACGAGCGGAGAGGAAAACAAAAGGAUCAUUUUUUUUGUCCGACUUUUGGGCUUGGAUUGGGCAAGGCAGCUGUAAGAGGAGGGGGAUGGGGAGAUGGACGUUAUAUCUCUUGGUGGGGGUUGUACUUGCUGUCCUCACGGCCAGUUGCUACGCACAAAAAGUAAACCACUGUCUGGCUGCGAGGGCUAACACCUGUUCAGCAUGUAUCCAGUCAGGGAAGGGCUGUGCCUACUGCCCAGACGAGAUCUUUGAUGGACCCCGCUGUGACCUUCUGGAGAACAUCAUAGACCACGGCUGUAAUAGUGCGAUGACAGCCGAAAGCAGUAUGUCAAUAGAGAGAAACCAGCGGAUCGACGUGUUGAUGAAGCGCCCUCAGGUGGCCCCCCAGGAGAUGUCUAUGACUCUGCUGCCGGGGGAGGAGAGGGAGAUCGAGAUGGAGGUGUUUGAACCAGCUAAAGGACCUCUGGACCUCUAUAUUCUCAUGGACUUCUCCAACUCCAUGGAAGAUGAUCUAGACAACCUCAAAAGGAUGGGUGCUGAGCUGGCUGAGUUGGUGGGUAAGCUGUCUGAUGACUACACCAUCGGCUUCGGCAAGUUUGUGGACAAGGUGGUGGAACCCCAGACAGACAUGAGACCGUCCAAACUGGCCCAGCCGUGGCCCAACAGCGACCCUCCCUUCUCGUUCCGUAAUGUGAUCACUCUGACCUCUGACCUGCCGUCCUUCACCCAGAAGCUGCAGAAGGAGAGGAUCUCAGGCAACCUGGACGCUCCAGAGGGGGGCUUCGAUGCCAUACUGCAGGCUGCAGUCUGCGGGGAAAAGAUUGGCUGGCGUGACCAUGCCACCCACCUCCUGGUCUUCUCCACCGAGUCGGCCUUCCACUACGAGGCGGACGGUGCCAACGUGCUGGCGGGCAUCAUGCCACGCAAUGACGAGCAGUGCCACCUGGACCCCCAGGGGAAAUACACAGAGGACACCAGGCAGGACUACCCCUCUGUGCCCACCCUGGUCCGCCUGCUGGGGAAACACAACAUUAUCCCCAUCUUUGCCGUCACAAACCACUCCUUCACCUAUUAUCAGAAGCUUCAUGAGUAUUUCCCCAUCGCUGAGCUGGGUCUUCUACAGGAAGACUCUGCUAACAUCCUCAGUAUCCUGGAGAAAGCCUUUGAGAAUAUCCGUUCUAAGAUCAGUAUUCGUGCUGAGGACAGGCCUAAAGCUAUAGAAGCUCAGGUCCUAUCUUACAGUGGCAGUGUUGCACAGGCCGGAACCUUCAAAGUCAAGCCUGGAGAAAUAGGGAAGUUUAAAGUGCGGGUCAAGGCCAAUGAGAUGGUUGGGGAGGCACAUGUAUGUAAACUGGAGCAGGGUGACAAGCAGGGGAAGAUGAGGGUCAAACCAACAACCUUCAGCACAGCUCUAAACAUCAACGCUGAAGUGCUCUGUAAAAUCUGCGACUGUGAGAAGACUCCAUUUCCAAACGCAGUGAGGUGUACAGGCCACGGGGACUUGGUCUGUGGGAAGUGCCAGUGCUACGAUGGCUGGCUGGGUCCGUUCUGUAACUGCUCUGCCAGCGCGUCGACGGACGCGGGCACUUCCUGUCGGGGUCCGGGCGUGGAGGAGCCGUGUUCUGGCCGGGGAGAUUGCCUGUGUGGAACGUGUGUGUGUUACAACACCGAUCAGUACGAGGGACCCCUCUGUCAGUUUGACAAGUCCCAGUGUCAACGAUACGGAGGCUUCCUCUGCAACGACCGUGGUCGCUGCUUCAUGGGCCAGUGUGCGUGUGCAGAGGGCUGGGAGGGACCGGCCUGUGAGUGUCCCAUGAGCAACCAGACCUGUCUGGAUACUAAAGGGGGUGUCUGUAACGGGCGGGGUGUGUGUAAGUGUGGUCGUUGUAAGUGCCAGGACUCUGGCCUGCCCAUGACCCCCACCUGUGAGGCUAACUUCCAGGCUCAGCUGGGGAUGUGUGAGGACAAGAGGAGCUGUGUCCAGUGUCAGGCCUGGAAGACAGGAGAGAAGAAGGGCGGCGACAAGUGCGACCAGUGCCAGUUCAAAGUCACCAUGGUGGACGAGCUCAAGGAAAAUAAAGAGGUGAUUGAGGCGUGUAGUUUCCGUGACGAGGAUGAUGACUGUACGUACCACUACACCGUGGACUACCCUGAGGACCAGACUGGCAAGGAGCUGGAGGUCCAGGUGCUCAAGAAGAAAGACUGUCCCCCUGCUGGCUUCCUGUGGUUGAUCCCUCUCAUCAUGUUCCUCAUGUUAUUGCUGGGUCUAUUGUCGCUCUGCUGCUGGAAGUACUGUGCCUGCUGCAAGUCCUGUCUUGCUUUGCUGCCAUGCUGUGGAAGAGGUCGUACGGUUGGCUUUAAGGAGGAUCAGUACACGCUCCGCCAAUCCCUGCUCACCUCUGACCACCUAGACACACCCCUUGUGAGGACCGGCCCGCCCAAGAGCACCGACGUGGUUCGCUGGAAGAUCACCGACAAUGUCCACCGAUCGCCCAAUCAUCCGCUUGCGCAGGUCCAGGCCAACCCCAAAGAGACCAUCCAGUUCCCUCUGUCUCUGCGUCUGAACAGGUUGUUCACAGACAGUCUGUCUCAACCCGACGCCAGAGACACUGAGAUGCUACGCAGGGAGGUUGAUGACAACCUGAAUGAAGUGUACAAGCAGGUUCCUGGAGCCCAGAGAGUUCAGAACACCACAUUUAGAUUACAGAGAAAUGCUGGUAAAAGAAAUGAACACACCAUCGUGGACACCGUUCUGUCCGCUCCUCGCUCCAGCUACCCCAACAUCGUCAAACUGACUGAGAAAAACGUCCAGUCUGGAAACUUCCAAGAUCUCAAAGUGGUUCCGGGCUACUACACAGUGGCCACAGACAGAGAGGCGGCUGGUGCCGUGGAGUUCCAGGAGGGGGUUGAGGCGGUGGAUGUGCGCGUGCCGCUCUUCAUCAAGGAGGAAGAUGAGGAUAAGAAGCAGCUGCUGGUGGAGGCGGUGGACGUUCCUCUGGGCAUCGCUGAGAUAGGGAAACGCUUCGUCAACAUCACUGUCAUCAAAGAACACGCCAAGUGUGUUAUGUCGUUCCUCCAGCCUGCGUACACCUACAGCCGACAGGACCGGGUGGCUAACGUCCCCAUUAGUAGAGAGAUCAUAGAGGACGGACACGCACAGGUCAGCUACCGCACCAGAGACCUCACCGCCAAGGACAAGAAGGACUAUGUGACAGUGGACGGGGACCUGUCCUACGGGCCAGGGGAGACCCAGCAGACUGUCCCUGUGCGUCUGUUGGAGCUGGGAGAGGGAGACGGUCUGCUGAAGGACACACAGGUCAAACAAUUUGUCAUGGACCUCAGUAACCCAAGACAGGGUGCCAAGCUGGGACGCUAUCCCAGAACCACCGUAACCAUCACUGACCAACCAGAGCCCAGUGUGGUGAUGUUUAUGAAGAGCACCCAGAACUUCUCCACCUCUGACCCAACCUACUCCAUCCCCGUGGUCCGCACCCGCAACAAGGAGGCCCCCGCCACCGUCCACUGGAGGACCCGCAACGCCAAACGCUUCGAGCUGUCCGGCCCCCUCAAGUUUGGUCCCGGGGAAACGGAGAAGAACAUCGUGAUCGAUCCACGCUCUCACCCUGGCCCGAUCAAACCAGAAACCUUUCAACUGGAACUGUUUGACCCCAGUACGAAAGCUGUGGUCGGAGAGAGGAAGACGACGAUGGUCACUGUUACUGAUGGAGGAGUCCCAGAGAAUGUCCAGAUACAGCAGAGUAUGGGUUUCAUCAACCAGACAGCCACAUCUCCUGGUGGUCGUCUCUACCCUCCCACCAACGUGAAGGCCAAAGCCACCGGCCCCCGGAGCAUCCGCCUUAACUGGGACCCCUUAGGAAGACCCCUGGGCUACAAGGUGAAGUAUUGGAUCUAUGGGGAUCCUGAGGCUGACGCCCAGGUGAUGGAUGUGAAGACAACCCAUGCUGAGCUGGCCAACCUGUACCCCUAUUGUGACUAUGAGAUGAAAGUGUGUGGCUACAACGGCCUGGGAGACGGAAGCUACAGCGACAUGGUGCCCUGUCAAACCCUGGAGGAUGUCCCCAGUGAGCCCGGCCGUCUGGCGUUUAACGUCAUCAGUCCAACUGUCACUCAGGUCAGCUGGGCGGAGCCUGCAGAGACCAAUGGUGUCAUCACCGCCUACGAGGUUCUCUACACGCCCAUCAAUGACGACACGAAGCCGAUGGGUGCAGCGAAGAAGGUGAAGAUAGACAACCCUAAGAAGAGGAUGUUGCUGAUUGAGAACCUGCAGUUAGCCCAGACCUACUGCUAUAAGGUCCGUGCUAAGAACAGCGUUGGCUGGGGUCCCUUCAAAGAAGCUACCAUCAACCUGGCCUCCCAGCCCACCAGACCCAUGUCCAUCCCUAUCAUCCCAGACAUCCCUAUAGUGGACGCGGAGGCGGGCGAUGAGUACGACGGCUAUCUGAUGUACAGCAGUGAGGUCAUGAGGUCACCAACAGGCUCCAAGAGACCCAGCGUCUCAGACGAAGGCUUUAUCAAGUUGGUGGGUUCCAAGCUGGACCUGCGUUCGGUGUCCUGGAAGAGGCAUGUGGAUGUGAUCCCCUACCGCCUCAGCACAGACACAGAGACCAGCACCGACGAGACCCCCCGGCCCAGCCGAACACAGACACCCCAUCAAGAACCAACGAACGGCAGGUUGGAACAGAACUUCCUCUUCCCCGGGGGUAAUAAUUCCAUGUCGCGCAGUGCCAAAAUGUCUUCAUCCAGCUACAGCCAGGUGUCUCCCAUGUCCACCCUCAGCUCCAGCCACCGAGGAGGGGCCGGGGGGUCCAUGACCACGGAGUCCACCACAACAUACCUCUCUGGACAAGGAGGAAACUCUCUCUCCCGCACACAGGUGAUUGGGGGCGGGACGCGCACAGAGAAUGUUGUCAUGAGGAAGCGAUCCGAGAACAGAGGUUACUAUGAGUAUGACGACAACAUCCGAGAUUCCAUCGUCAUAGGAGACCUGCCCAGUGGAUUGUCUGGAUACACAGAUGGCCAAAGUACGUAUGGCUUCAGCCCCGCUCAGAGCCAGUACGCCUACAGUAUGUCUCAGGCCUUCCGGGCCAGGACCCAGUCUGAGGAUGUCAACGAUGCACUGCUGAACCUAGACAGGGUGCUCCAGGAAUCUCCUUUGGCCCCUGGGGUCCCUGACACCCCCACCAGGCUGAUAUUCUCUGCCCUGGGCCCUACGGCCCUGAAGAUCAGCUGGCAGGAGCCCCACUGUGACAGGGAUGUUCUGGGGUACUGUGUCCUCUACCAGCUGCUCAAUGGAGGUGAUGUGAAGCGUAUAAACAUGUCCAGCCCAGCAGACAACUCUGUGGUGGUGCAAGACCUGCUGCCUAACCACUCCUACCUGUUCAAGGUGAAGGCUCAGAGUCAGGAAGGCUGGGGACAGGAGAGGGAGGGAGUCAUCACCAUAGAGUCAGCUGUGGACCCCAACAGCCCACUCAGCCCAAUGCCAGGUUCUCCCUUCACUCUCAGUACCCCCAGUGCUCCCGGCCCCCUGGUGUUCACAGCUCUGUCCCCCGAGGCACUGCAGCUGAGCUGGGAAAAACCCCGCAAACCCAACGGAGACAUCCUGGGCUACGUGGUCACCUGUGAACAUCUGCACGGAGGAGGUGACGUGCGUUCCUUCCAGGUGAGCGGUGACAGCGCUGAGACCAGUCUGAUGGUUCCGGACCUGAUUGAGAACAUGCCGUACAAGUUCAAAGUUCAGGCCAGGACGACCGAGGGCUUCGGCCCCGAGAGGGAGGGCAUCAUCACCAUCGAGUCUCAGGAUGGGGGAGACAUGUCUCAACUAGGAGGACUAGGAGGCAUGUCUCAACUAGGAGGACUAGGAGGCAUGUCUCAACUAGGAGGACUAGGAGGCAUGUCUCAACUAGGAGGACUAGGCGGCAUGUCUCAACUAGGAGGACUAGGCGGCAUGUCUCAACUAGGAGGACUAGGAGGCAUGUCUCAACUAGGAGGACUAGGAGGCAUGUCUCAACUAGGAGGACUAGGAGGCAUGUCUCAACUAGGAGGACUAGGCGGCAUGUCUCAGUACAGCAGUCAGUCCUCGACCAAGAGAGAUGUGUACCAACUUCCAACAGAGGGCAGCACACACACCAACGUUACACACACCAUGAUCAACGACCCCAGCACACACACCAACGUUACACACACCAUGAUCAACGACCCCUACCACUCAGGAGACGGUAUGAUUAUGAUGGGACACACAGAGACCAGCGGCAUGGUGACACGUCAUGUGACGAAGGAGGUGGUCCAGAGGAGCAUGCAGGUGGCCGGCACCAGCAGCGUCACCAAGAAGGUUGAGAGGUCAGUCUACAAGUCCUGAAGUCAAAGGUCAGCAACAAGAUGGCGGCGUCCAUGGUGCCCAACAUGUCCUCCUCUCCUCUCUGUCUGUUACAAACAAUGGCUCCUGUCCUGUCCUGUCCUACCAUCUGUCGGACAUGGGAUUCAUUUCAUUCUUAAUUAUUUUGUUUAUAGUUUUGUCGCUUGUUUCUAUUUUGUUGGAAACAUUUUACGUUCAAAGAAAUCUACCACCCGUCCCCAACAAAGAUGUGUCUUGUUGGAAGUCUGUAAUUUGUACAAAUACUACUCAUGGCUCACUCUAUUGCUUCUACCUGCUAUCACACUGAGGCUUUAGAUAAGGCAAGGCCAUUACACUUAUCUGAGGUCAGUUCUCAAUAGUUAAAGUUGAGUCGGCUCCUGCUAAUAUAUCUUUUGACAGAGAUUAGCGGAGAGAUGAAGAGAGUAUGUAAGAGUUUUUGUACUGGUUGGCUGCUUUGGCGACUUUAUGUCUGCAACAUGUCUGCAGUUUGUUAAAUUGAUGAUAUGCCUGCCAGUACCUUAAAUUAUGUUAUUUUGUAGGGGUUCAUAGUGCAUUUUACUAUUGGAUUGUUGGUAACUCUCACAGCCAUUACAUAUAUAUUAGACUGAUGUGUUUUCUGUAUGUCUGAAGAAAUGGAAUUGAAAUGUUGAUGCCAAAUACUGUAUUGCAAUGUAUUGUUUGUGUAAAAACAUGUUUUGCCAAUUUCAUUUCCUUUAUUAUUUCCCAUCCAUAUCUGAACAAAGUUAAUGCAUUCAUAAUGGUCCUCUGUAGCUCAGUUGGUAGAGCAUAGCACUUGCAACUCCAGGGUAGUGGGUUCGAAUCCCAGAACCACCCAUACCACCCUUAAAAAUAGAUAUAUAUGCCACCCAUGACUGUAUGUCGCUUUGGAUAAAAGAGUCUGCUAAAUCGCAUAUAUUACAUUUAUAAUGUAGAUAUAACCUCAAAUAAGGCAUUCCCAGGUAACAGCAUUUCAUAGUUAAAAUGUGUAUAUCUCAUUACUGUGUCAUUGUUUCAGAAUGCUUCAGUCUAAAAAACCUUUUGUGUCUAACGAAUAUAUUCUAGCAAUAGAUCGAGGUAUAUGUUUUGAGACAAAAACAUUGUAUUGUCUUCAUAAUGCAUUUUCAAACCUGUGCUUUGGUUCAAUGAAAAAUGCUGUCCAUUGUAAAGAGUCCUUACACUUAGUAAAACAUGGUGAGAUGAAUUAGGAGAUUAAUUUGAUGGAUUUGUUGUGAAUAGUCAUAUUAACAUUUCAUAAAUAUACCAAAAAUGUAAAAGGCAAACCAUUUUUAUACUUUUUCAUCAUAUCUAUUCAUCAGUUACUUACUGUUUUUUAUAUCUGUCUAUUUUAUUACACUUAAUAAAGAUUGAAUAUAAACCAC